UAACUCCGGAUCUCUCCACGUCCCGGGCUCGGGGCUGGCGAAAGAGGUGCGGCCGCCGCAAAGCGCCCUGAGCGCGAGCCUCUCCGCGCCGGGCUUGGGCAACUCCUUCCUCCAGGCCUCUCCCGCCCGGUUAUCUGCCCCUCCCGCGGGCGCGGCUCCUCGGCGCGCUUUGCGCUGUUUAUCUAGCAGGAGUCCAGGGUUUCCCGUGUGCCGGGUGGGGGAGGGGGCCACGCGGAGAGCAGACCGACGCUUUGUGAGUGUCCCCGAAGGCUCACCACCAGCCCGGAGUCAGGGAUGGGCCCUGUUUCACAGAAAAGCCCAGGCCUGUUGUGCCUCCGCCCACAGGGCGCCCCCAGCUAGAGCAGGAGCCCUAGCCUGGCAGCCCUGCCAGGACACGCUUUGGAGACCCCUGUGCCAGCGAGGACCUGAGGAGAGGGAGAGGACAUGAGGCAGACGGGGUGACUGAGCAGGAAGCAGAGCGGGGCUCAGGACCCUCAGGAGGGAGAACAGGAGGAAAACCAAGCUGCAGGAGAGGACCAUGAGCCUGAGGAACAGGGUCUGGGGCCUGAAGCCCGGUGUGCACAAAGGAGCCAGGGUCUCAUUUCUUUGCAGCCAUCGGUAGGUCCUCAAGCAGGGGACCUGAGGCUGAUUCUCCGUACCUUGGUGUGACGCUCCAGCCUGCCCAGCCUCUGCCACCACACGGUCCCUCCUUGCACACUCGGCCCGGGCCUUGCCCCAGGCCCACCUGAAAGCCACCUCUCCAGGUGGAGCACAUGUCAUGUCUGCUAACACACCCUCUGUGCCUCUGUCCCCUCCUCUCCCACCCUCUGUGUGCCCAGCACCAGCACCAAGUUUACGUAGCAAGACCUGGAACCAGGAGGCACAGGAUGCAGAAAGGCACCAGGAGAAUUCAGAACUGGGGUACCCUAACCCCAAAGGAGGCAGACAGCCAGCAGGGAGGCUGGCCUGCGAAGCCUCCCAGGGGACCCAAGGACAAGAACUGGCCAACAAGGUUCCUAAAGGUCAACUGUGGAGCCCUCCCUGAGCACUGACAAAGGGGCGGGGUGUGAGAGUGGAAGGGGUGUGGGCCACAGAGGAGGGAAGUUCAGAAAUAACUGGCUUUGAGCACCGAGUAGCUGGUGCACUGAGGGACCAUGGGUCACUAUCGCACUCCCUGGAGCAACCUGCUGGAGAGAGAUAAGGGGCGCACCCUGUAUUCCACUGCCAGCACCCACCAAGGCCAGGCUCCCAGGUCAGGAGGAACCCAGGAUGGGGACUCAGCCCUGUUCCAGACCUGGACCCUGUGGGACACCAGAGAGGGGAAAGUAGACCCCGGCCCAGUCGGCACAAGCCUUGCAGACCGUAGGCACAGGCCUCACCUGCGCCCCAUGCACCCGCAGCCCGCAGGAAGUGCCACUUGGUCACAGUUAGAGCAGAGGAAACUUUGGGGAAGGCCUAGGUUCCUGUCACGUGACCCACCCUAGCACACAUUCACAGUCCCGUCUGCCUUGGUGGCUGCUGGCCCCAGAAGGGGGCUGCUGCAGGAGCUUGGUGCCUCGGUCCCCAGGUGAGCUGGAUGAAGCCUGCAGAGAUCUGAGGGCCCGGGCUGGAGGAGUGGAGGGCAGGGAGGUGAGGGAAUUCUUAGCAGCUGCUAAGGCACCUCUGGGAUCUCUUCCUUUUCCCACAGUGGGGCUGGGACCACGCCUGCUUCUCUGGGCCCCAGGAGGGAACCCGAGUGAUCAGCUUGGCCUGGGGCACUGGGCCACCAGAAGAAAGACACAAAAGGAGCCCAGCACCUCCAAGGCUGGGGUGCUGCAGGAUACUGGGUCCUAGGAAAUGUCCAGGCUUGAGGCCAGAUGUCUCCCCAGACAGGGAACGGGCACAGGGAGAACAGGAAUUGUGUUCUUCUAAAGGGUGACCCCCAGGCCCAGCAUGGGGGCCAUGCCUAUAAUCCCAACCCUCAGGGCUGAAGCAGAAGAUUUCUGCAAAUUCAAGGUCAGCUGGGCUAUAAAAUAGGUUCAAGGCUGGCCUGAACUGCGUGGCAAGACCAAAUCUCAAAAAGACAAACCCAAAUAAAGGAUGACCCCCAAUGCCUGGGGCCAUUCAUGACUGGUUGUGACAGUCCCUGCUCCCAACAGCCGGUAUGAUGGGGAGACUGAGACCUGGCCUUAUGUCAAUGCUGAGGUGUAUAUUGAGACUGAGCUCAAAUCCCUACUCCGGCAGGAUUUUCUUUUCAUUUCUGAGCACAUCAGGACCAAGACCUUGCAGCUGUCCACCUGGUACCCCAUGUCCCCGUCCCUCCUGAGAGUAGAGGCUGAACCUGUGCUGGGAUGUGGCAGCAGUGGUCAGCACAGUCGGGACAGACCCCAAGAUGGCCAAGCCCCUCACCCGAGUGUGAGGAGCUCUGGGAGCAGGAGAUGGAGUGGCUACGUGCUUCCCGGGAGCCCCUGCGCUCACUGCCCUAUGCCAUGAUGGACAAGCGCCUCAUCCGGGAGAUGCGUGAGCCCGAGGGCAUGGAGGCAACAUUCUGGCAGCAGUGGCAGCAAAGGCAGCAGGCCACUGGACAGCGUCUGAGGGAGGCAGCACGGCGGCUUGCCAGGGGCUUCGGACUCUGGAAGGGGGCGCUAUAUGAGAUCGGGGGCCUCUUCGGCUCGGGCAUCCGGUCCUACUUUACCUUCCUGCGCUUCCUGCUGCUGCUCAACCUGCUCACUGUGCUGCUGACUGCCGGCUGCGUGUUGGCACCCCUGGCCUGGCUCCGCCCCACGGGCCCAAGUCCCAGCCUAAACUUCACCCUGCAGUGUCCUGGCAGCCACCAGCCCCAGGCUCACGUUCCCAGGUUCCACAACCAGCUCUGGAAUGUUUUGACUGGCAGAGCCUUCAGCAACACCUAUCUCUUCUACGGCGCGUACCGGGCGGGGCCGGAGAGCAGCUCCACCUACAGCAUCCGCCUGGCCUACCUGCUCUGCCCGCUGGCCUGCCUGCUGCUGAGCUUCUGCGGGACCCUGCAGCGGAUGGUGAAGGGGCUGCUGCAGAGGUCGGGGCUGAACCGGAACUACAAAGUGCCCCUCAGUGCCAAGGUCUUCUCCUCCUGGGACUUCUGCAUCCACAUGCGGGAGGCAGCCAUCAUCAAGAAGCAUGAGAUCAGCAAUGAGUUCAAGGUGUACCUGGAGGAGCUGUGUCACCGCCAGCGGCUGCGGCAGGAGACUCCAGCCCAGCGCACCUGCCGCCUGCUCAGCUACCUUCGAGUCAGCGUCCUGAUUCUACUCCUGGUGAUCGGAGCCAUCAGCGCCAUCUUCUGGGCCACCAAGUACUCACAGGACAAAAAGGAGGAAUCCCUGUUCGUGGUGCUCCAGUACCUGCCCUCUGGGGUCAUCUCACUGGUCAAUUUCCUGGGUCCCCUGCUAUUCACGGUCCUGAUCCAGCUGGAGAACUAUCCUCCGAGCACUGAGGUCAACCUUACCCUCAUCUGGUGUGUGGUGCUGAGGCUGGCCAGCCUGGGCAUGUUCUCCUUCUCGCUGGGUCAGACCGUGCUGUGCCUGGGCAGAAACAAGACCAGCUGUGAGGCCUACGGCUACAAUGCCUGUGACUAUCAGUGCUGGGAAAACUCGGUGGGCGAGGAGUUUUACAAGCUGAUCAUCUUCAACUUCCUCGUCACUGUAGCCUUCGCCUUUCUUGUCACCCUGCCUCGGAGGCUGCUGGUGGAGCGGUUCACAGGCCGGUUCUGGACGUGGCUGGGCCGGGAGGAGUUCCUGGUGCCCAAGAAUGUGCUAGACAUCGUGGCGGGGCAGACCAUCACCUGGAUGGGCCUCUUCUACUGCCCCCUGCUGCCCCUGUUCCAUAGCAUCUUCCUCUUCCUCACCUUCUACAUCAAGAAGUACACCCUGCUGAGGAACUGCAGGGCAGCCCCGAGGCUCUUCCGUGCCUCCAGCUCCACCUUCUUCUUCCAGCUGGUGCUGCUGCUGGGCCUGCUCCUGGCAGCGGUGCCCCUGGGCUUUGUGGUCAGCAGCAUCCACUCCUCCUGGGACUGUGGCCUCUUCGCCAACUACUCAGCGCCCUGGCAGGUGGUCCAGGAACUGGUGGCUCUGAGGCUCCCACUCCCUGGCCAGCGUGCCCUCCGCUACCUCAACUCGCAUGCCUUCGUCUACCCACUCCUUGUCCUGCUCAGCCUCAUCCUGACCGUGUGCAUCUCUCAGUCCCAGGCCAAUGCUAGGGCCAUCCACGUGCUCCGGAAGCAGCUGGUGUGGCAAGUCCAGGAAAAGUGGCGCCUGGUGGAGGAGCUGUCGCGGCUGUUACAGGAGCCAGGCUCGAGCGAAUCUCUGAUCCCUGGCUCCUCGAACUUCCGAACUUCACGCCCCUGGUCCUUCGGUGCGGGAUUCCCGAGCCCAGGUCCCUUGGGCCCCAAGAACCUCAGCCAGGAUCCUUCCACACCGACCUCGCCCUGGUUGAGCUCCUCCUACCCCGGAUCGCGCGGUACCCUGGAGCCCGGGCCCCGGUUCCGCUUCACCAGCGCCACGGAGCUGUAGCUGUCCCUGUAACACAGACCCGGCGCCCCCCACGACGGAACCUGUGGCACCCACUUCCCCACCCUGGCUCCUGGCGAGGGCCACCCUCACACACCGACAAGGCUCCCCACAAAGGGACAUACGGAAGACCGUAUGAGAACUUCUAUUUUUCUAAUUUCAUCCCUUUAAAACUUCUAUUUUUUUACUAUUUUAUAGUGCACAUAAUACAUUAUUAUAGGAACCCAUAAACACAAUUCAUAAAUAA